AAAACGAUGGGUCGAAUCAAUUCUAACCGAGAACGUAAAUUAAAAAGACUUGAAUCAAAUUCAAUAAAAAGUAAACAAAAAAAAAGAGAAAAAGAUAAAAUUAUUAAACAUGUAAAAAACCGUCAAAAUGUAUCAAAAAAUUCUGACAAGAAAAAAGUUAAAAACGUUGAAAAACAAGAAGAAGAAAUACUUUCCAAAUCGGAAAGUGAAAAAAAUUCAAUAACAAGUUCUGAUGAAAGUUUGACGGAUCAUUAUUCAAUUCCAAAAAUGAAAAAACAGUCCAAGAAUACAACUGCCAACUUUGCAGAAACUAUGAACAAAUUAUUAACUGCACCCGUAAAACCAAUUUAUCAAAAUACUCCAGUUUUAUCAAGAUCGAAAGGUAUAGAACGCGAAAUAGAUGAGGCUAAACUUGAAUAUAAGGCGCGUAAGGCCAUGACUAUGGAAAAGAAGAAACUUGCUUCCAAAGAUCGUGUAAAAACUGACUUCGCUACAUUUGAUCACGAAAGAAAAUUGAGAAAAUUAGCCACAAAAGGAGUCGUGCAGCUGUUUAACGCGAUUAAUAAAUCUCAAAAGGUUACCAAUGAUGCAAUAAAAGCUGCUGGUGGUGAAACAAAAUUAUCAUCAAGAGAUACUGAAGAUGUUGCGAAUAUGUCAAAGGAAACUUUUCUUGAUUUUUUAAAGGGAGAAAAAUGAAAAUGCGCAUAAAUUUUUUAUUAUAUACUGAGCUAAACAUAUAAGCUUAAAAUUAUAAU